GAAUGACACCGUCCCUGCUUCUCCCUCAAAUGAGCAAGAGACCAGACUGGUCCUGAAGCCCAUAAUGUCCUCCUCCUCUAACAACAGUGAUCCAUAUGUCCCCUGUAUAAGAGGCAAACAUGCCCUCGGUGAGCUUGUGCUUGUCCAAAAACGUCCACUUGUGGAGCCAAAGGAAGAAGCUGAUGCCGUCAGUAAAACCCCAAAGCUGGAGCAAGGCAUUGAAACAACGCCUGAAGCAACAUCCAUGACUCCCACUUCCUCCACGUCUACCCCGGCAUCAUCACCCGGGUACCACAAGAGGAGGAAGAGGAUUAACAGACGUUGGGGGCAUUCUCGGGGAAGAGAGUGGAAAGCUGCGGCUGCCUCCCCCACGGUAGCCCACAGCCCAUCAUCGACUGUCGCUAUGCAACCAGAGCUGGAUGAUGUAGAGGGCCUGCUGUUUGUGUCAUUUACCUCAAAGGAAGCUCUUGAGGUUCACGUUGGGGAGCAGCCAGUCAGUAGCACACCAUCAGCAUCUCCAGUUUCCCUAACGACACCGGUGCAGUUGAAGGAAAAAGUGGAGGUGAUUCCAGAGACAGAUGAGGAGAAGAUAGCCUGCCUGGAGGCCGUCCUGCUGCAGGACCUCAGGGCUCUCAAACACAGACAGGUCAUCCAUCCUGUGCUGCAGGAGGUGGGCUUGAAGUUGAGCUCCCUUGACCCGACACAGUCCAUCGACCUGCAGUAUCUUGGUGUUCGUCUGCCGUUACCUCCUCCAAACAUACCAGAACAAGGCAAUACCACAGCUCAGUCUCCUGGUGAUGAGGGAUUAUCCUUCAUCUCCCGCACAGGAAAGACAAGUGACAUGACAAAAAUAAAGGGAUGGAGAAACAAGUUCAUAAGAAGCAAAGAACCGUCUCUUCCUAACUGCGAUGGAACACAAAAGAAUCUGUCUGCCUUCUGCAGCAACAUGUUGGACGAGUACUUGGAAAGCGAAGCUCAGAACAUUAGUGAGCGCGCUGCUGCCUUCUCCACUCACUCAGAGGACUCAGUGGCCUAUCAGCUGCCGGCUAAGAGCUCCAGCUACGUUAAGACCCUGGACAGUGCACUGAAGCAUCGAGAAGCUGCCUCCAGACUCCCCGUGGAGGGCAACAAACCCUGCCCCCUUUCCUAUAAACCUCUCCUCUACUCUGCUCUGAUGUCACCGACUCCUCCUCUGGCCCGCCCUGUUCAAGACAGAGCUCCGUCUACACAGCAGUCUGCAUCAUCAGAUGUGCAGCCAGGAGCACAGAGAUUAUAUACAAAUGAUCCAGCAGCCAGCCAGAGACCAGCGGUGAGCUGUGGGCAGAACCAAGUGAUGACACACAGACCUAUAGGCUUCACUAAGUUCCAGUUCAAACUGCACCAGAUGGAGAUUGGAGCUCUGAACGAGGGCCUGAGCAAAACACAGCUGACUGAGGACAGGCUGAAAGUGGCUCUGUCUGUAAUGCUGACAAAACAGAUGCUGCCCAAUCAGGCGUUGAAAUUAGCCCAGUAUCCAAGGCAUAAAUCCACAGUACCCAAAUGUGGUCAGGAGUUCUGCACCCUGGGCUGCGUGUGUUCCAGUCUGCAGCAUCCAAACAGAGGUCCUCUCCACUGCCGGCGGCCUGAAUGCAUGUUUGGCUGUGCCUGCUUCAAACGCAAGAUCACCAAGCAGCUGAGCGCGGGGGAGAGUGAAGAAGAGAUCCAACCUGUUUACUCUGUGACUAACAUGGAGCAUGUGGUCCAGCCUGGCCCGGGCUCCCACGCUAAUAAACUGUGGAACCACGACAUUGAUAAUGAAGAUCCAGAGCCACUCUUCGCCCCCGAACAUGCUCCACUGUGGUUGCCAAUGUCAAAGUCCCUAAAACGCGGCUGCAUACCUCGUCCAACACAGCCGAUUCGAGAAGAGGACAAGGAUCCGGUGUAUAAAUACCUGGAGAGCUUGAUGACUUGUGCACGAGUAAGAGAGUUCAACAGCAAGCCUCCAGAUGAAGUCACCAUUGAGCCCAAGGUCCUUGACACUCCUGCGACAACAACGACGACGACGACGACAACCGCCACUGAUAGCCAGCCGAAAAUGUACUACAGAAGUCUACUGACUGGUAAAAAAGCAGCAGAGAGAGCUGCUCAGACGACGACGACAUCCAGUGAAAAGGAAGCAAAGAAGCAAAUCGAGAUACAGUCAGCGUGCCAGUGGAAGGUGGACCGCAAAAAAAUCCUGGAAACUUUAUGUCGACGACUGAAACACAACAGGCUGUGUCGGCGCUUCUACAUAGGACCUUACCGCAUCCGCCCCAUCGCCAAGAUCUUCAUGCAGAAGCCCAGCGGCUCCAUCGUCACCUUCAGGAUACAAAUCAGUAAACCAGCAAAGGCCAGUGAUGUUGAUGAAGAUGACUUUGAUGACAGCGAUGAGGAACAGCAUGCUGGUAAAAACCGUGAUGGGGACAUCGAUGCAGAAGAGGACGACUGCGAAAAUGAAGAGUCAGAUAUGCAGUUUGGAGUCACACCCUUUUUGAGUGGAGUGUUACCUGCCGGCAGACUGACAGCCAGGACCAAACCUGCUGGCUGCCAGGCGUACGGACUCAUACAGGUAAAUGGCAAAUCCUACAAUCAGGCCCGGCUGAUGCUGGGUAGCAUGGGGUCUCUACAUCCAGCCAACCGCCUUGCAGCAUUUGUCACAGGCCGACUGCUUCCUCCCAGCGGCAUUUCUCUUAAAAACUCUCGGACAUCAGAUGCUACAAACCAAAUCCCCACUGUUAGUGCUCUGCGCGUAAAGGCUGCUGGCACAGUCGUCCCUCCAGUUAUUACUGCACAGAAAGUCACUGAUCUGAAGACCCCAGCACAACCACCAGCUCAGCUACUCCCGCCAGACUUUAAGCGAAAGGGCUCCAUCAACUUGGCGCAGCUGUUACAAAAGUCCAUCAACCGUUUUGUUCCAGACCAGCGCAGUUCGGUCAACCCCUUGCAGAACAGCUCCACACCCUCGCCUGUCUCUCUCACCGUCUCACCAUCACUGAAAAGCCCCAGCUUCUUAGAACAGAGCGGGACUUAUUCAUUCAGGAUCUGCCCUCCAGCUAACCAGGGCACCAGAGGCCAGAACCUGCCAGGGGUGAUCCUGCCUGGGGGCUUUACACUUAUUCAACUCCCCAAGCCUGGAGCUGAUGGAACUGCAUCAGAAUCUGGGAAUGCUACAGAUAUGGCUGCUGUGGACAAAGCCACACCACAAAAAGAUGCUUUUUUAAAUUUUGGCCACUUAGCAGCUCAUCCUGAUGCAAAGCGCCCUGGUUUGGACAACCUUACUGGAGCUAAGAAGCUAUCAGUGGAGCCUGGACCCUCCUCCGAGCUGACAUGUGAUGAGAAGAUGCCUUCAGAUGAUAGUCAUUACACCACCAGCAAGAAGGUGGAGUCAAACCUGGACAACGCUUCAGAGGACUUGAACUUGAGCUCCGACUUCUCAGACUACUGCGGAGAGGGUGACGAAGAGGACGAGGAGGUGGACAUUGAGACCGUGGAAGAAUGGAGACAAGGACAGGCCAUCGCUCAGAUGAGAGAAGCUGUCAGGAUGGCACUAAAGGAUUCACGUGAUUCCAGUGAUGGGUUUGGAUCAGCAAGGGAACUCGACGGCCAGGAUCAAAUGGACGAUGAACUCAAUGAGCAUAAGGAUAAUAAGAGGCGGAAGAACCACACGGCGCUGGAGAGGCAAAGACGCACUGAGCAGCGGGUCCUCUUUGACAAACUCCAGACUAUCCUUCGGAGUGACCCCAGGGCCCCUAGGCUCCGCCUCCUCUCACAGGCUGUGAGAGAAAUCCAAAAUCUGGUUGAGACCUCCAGAAAUCUGGAGGAGAGGAAGAAGAGGCUGACUCAGAUGCAGUCUCUCUAUGUGAUGCAGCUCUCCCGUCUGUCUGGGAAGUCGGAAUUGGUGAUCAGACACAAGCUGAACGAGAUCUGCGACAGGCAGAAGAUGAGAGAGAAGACCAUGAAAUGGCAGCCUUUCUUCUCAAACCUACUCCAGUCCAGAGCAGCUUUUCUGCAAGCCACUAUGCCCCAGUCCAAGCUCCAGUCCACGCAACUAUCACAGUCUGACUUCAACUUGGCUUCAUCCCAGGCUAACGCAGUCACACAAGCAGUCCAAAAGAAGAUUAUGUCCCUGCUUCAGACCAACCUACAGAGGACUCCAGCCCCAUCCAGUGUACGCACACCUAUGCCUCCACCAUUUUCCUCUCCAGCCCAGGUUGAGGUCACUGCACCUUCACUACAAGGCGGUCAACCUCCGACAAAUGUAUCUCCUGUUGAGGGCCAACAGGCGAUACCUGCUGCUCCAGCCCAGAGCUCAGUCGCAGCUCCUGUCCGCCCUCCACAGCCCUUUGCCCUUCCUCUGAUUCGCUCCAAGACCGGCAGAAUUAUACUUCCAUCAUCUCUGAAACCAAUUGGUAACGGCCUCUAUACACUCACUGUUAUGGAACCCAAGCAGAAAGGAGGGGAGGGUAAGGUUAUUGCUUCACCUGUUACACAGCCCUCUGAUGUGGACAAGCUCAAGAACUCCUCUGACCGACCUUUGGAUUCAGAAAGCUGUCGUUCCUCUAAGGAGGAUGAAACGGUACAGUCCUCAAACUCUAAACCAAAGCGUUCAGGUGCUAGCCCCCUGGUUAAGCUCGCCCUUCUUAACAAAUCAAUCUUUGUGCCUUCGGUGUCUCCGCAAGCUGCGGAGAGCAGCAACGAGGGGGGCGCACCGGUGGGUGUGAACAAAACACCAGCAGCUCUCUGCUUGAGUUUCAAGGAGGUGAAACAGGUUCCUACUCCUGCUGAGCCUGAACCCAGCCCUCCUGUAGUCCGCCGUCCCAGAGGUAGGCCUCGAAAGCACCCCGUUAACCCUGUUGAUGAGAAUGAAACGAAUAAUGUGGGAGAAGACGCCAGUAAAAGUGUCAGUGAAAGUGAAACAUCUGUUCUGAUUGAAGAGAAGCAAGAAAUUACUUCAGAGUUACCCAAAACAUCAAAGGAGGGCUCCCCAGCAAUGGUUAGUGAUACUCCUGUGCCGGUCAAACGAGGCAGAGGAAGGCCUCCGAAGAAGAAGUCUGAACUGCUAUGGAGUCCUCCAGGUGUGCGAGCAGGAAGUCCAUCUAAAUCCAGCGAGGACAGCCCUGUCAGAUUUUCUAUCAGUUUUAAAAGCCCCGAUACUGGACCCAGAGAGGGGCCUCUGGGAGAUAUCAACACAUCACGGCCAUUAACACGAGGGGCUUUAGGAAAGGACUUCCCGAGUGCCAAGAAACGCUCCUGGAUAGACGUAGAAAAGGAACUGGAACUGGAACCAGACGUUGAGUCUGAAUAGUCGUAUCUUCCCGUAGCUGCAAAAACCAAUGCACACAGUCAUUUGACCUCAGUAAAGCGUGAUUUAUGGUUGGGUGCGCGACACUUUUGAAGUGUCCCUCGAAAGAAAUUAAAGAGCAGUAUAUGUGUUUUUAACUUGUAUACCAUAUAGCUAUCGAUUGAUCAGCUCCCAUUCUGUCUGUGAGCGGCAGAUUCCCCAUACUCACCAUAGUGAGCUGGGAAAUAAAAAUCAGUGAAUCAGUGAAGGCGCUGAGAUGGCGCUAUAGAGCCGCUACAAAGUCCCUCCUUUACACCACAAAACAACAGCGGCAUCAUUCCACUCCAGUGUGUCAUGUUAGACAGUCUGCCGGCAUCGUGGACUCAAAAGAGGCAUGACUAGCGUGAUGUGAAACACAACAGCGUCGGCCGCUACUGUGAUAUGUAGCAUUAGUGUCUGCAGCACAUUUAUAAACAAUAACAACGGCAUAACAUGACAACAACAGUCAUUCACCGUCCCUGUUGUAUGGUGGUUGAUCUCGUCCUCUGCUUGGAGGAGAAGGAGCUCCCAGACCUCAUUGUUUUCCCAAUUGGCGGACAUUUAUGGCCACUGUUCUUUUUUGAGUUAGCUGCUAACUGCUAUCAGCUACUUAUGUAUCAGCCCAUGAUCCUGUCCUGCCAGCUGUCCCCUUUCUACAGACAUCUUUUUGAUGCUGUCACUACUUCCGAUGCCAGCUUAAAGGCGAGACAACUCUGUCCCCAUGAUUGUACUUUUUAUACAGAACGGCGAGAUGGAUGUGAAUUUCCCUCCUUGAAGAGGCAAUGCAAAAGAGGCUACUGUUGAUUUCCUCACGUGGAAGUAAAUAUCUGCUGUCAGUCAGCCUGGUUAGCCCAGUUCAGACCAAAGAUUGGCGACAAGACGAGUUAAAAACAUGUAACCACUUGCAAUGCACCAUUCUGCAGUGUUCUAAAGACCUGCCGCAGCAGGCGAACACGCUGUCUGCGGUCAUUGUGACUCGACCAGCGCACUUCGCUACGACCUACAUAGCUGUAGAAACAGGCGACCUGCUCUACACUCUAAAACCAGCCGUUAGCGACUUGACCAGUUGAGUUACAGGUGACAAAAUUUCAUUCAUGUCAUUUCUGUCGAGCGACACUCAUCCAAAGUGCCGAAUGCCUGACCAUAAAUCCAGCUUACGUCUCAAGAGCUGGAUGCUGCUCUUUUCUGUAUCCUCGCACAAACCUCAGUGGACUGUUUUCAUACUGUAGAGAGAAGCUGUUUUUGGUAUAAAGAAUAUAAGAGGAAGCAUUAAUCGACCUGCUGACCAUAUGAAUGAUAUUAUUGAUAACUCCCACAUUCAGUUUUGACGUCAUGUUUUCUGAGACUAAUUUCUGUCACCUGUGUUGUUUCUAAUGAGAUGUAUUCAGAUCAUGUGUUCUGUUGAAGUCAUUUAUGUCUGAUCUGUUUUAUGCAAAUGAAAAUAAAACUCUACAGAUUACGUAAUUCCAGUUUGUUAAGCCUUACAGUGUAAGAUUAAUAUUUGUAUCCUGUAUAAGAUCAGACAACACACUGCUUCAUUAACUCUGUAUGUUAACUUACGUGUUUCCGUUUUUAUCGACAGCUAGUUUGAUGCAUAUCUGUCCUGAAAUUAUUGUUUUCCGUUAUUAACUCAGUGAAAAUCAGCUGUAGUAGCACUUUAUGUUUUUGGUAGACACCACCCAUGACGUCCGUCUUUGCUGUAGUCUGUAAAGUAGCAGUAGUGAUUUGUGUUCUGGGUUGUUCACUCAACGAUAUGCAUUUAAACCUGAUGUGUUACAAACAGUCGAGAUAAAAGCUAUUAGCCAUAUAAUGUACGUAUGAGAGUAACCUGUAAAUAUUGUAUUUCUUUUUUUAAUCGCAGUACAUUUUCUUUGUGGGUGUGAUUUUUGAAACACUGGUUGUCCUGUUGCUUCAGUUGAAUUAAAAAUGUAAAAGAAAUAAUGUGGCCUUUAAAAUCAAUAAAACGUCAUGUGUUUAUCAUUGGACUCUUCAGUCAGUCAAAAACAA